CCGGCAGAGGACAAGGGGGAGCUGCGUCUCGCCGGUAGGGACUGGACACUCCUCAAGGCGUGGCCUGAUCAGCCCGACCAGCUUUGAUCUGCUGGCCGUACUCCUCACACGGAGAGGCUUCAUGUGGUGAAGCACGUGUGUCUGUUUAACUGACUUCUACUGGACAUGAAGGCAUUGAUCACAGUACACUUUUUGUUCCCAAAUGCCAUGGGUGGUGGAGUCAGCCAGUUUUCAAGGCACCUUUCCUGCACCUUGCAGUUUUCCAGGAAAAUCAGGUGGUAAUUCUUUUGAGUAAGUGGAAGAUGCUUUUCUAAACUGUGGAGUUUAAAUCUGUGGCUUCCCUUUCCAGCCUCUCCACACAUCCUGAACUUAGUAAUGUCCUACUUGCUGUAGCCCAAGUUGCCUUUUGCUGCCACAUUUAUCCCCAGUUCUUCCCUGUUUGUGAGCAGGUCAAGGAAAACAUUGGAGAGACUUGCUCUGGCAGUAUUUUUGUCAGAAAAUAAUGAAAAGGGCCUGUGAGUUUUUCAGAUUGCCUGACAAAUGCUCUGUUAUGCUUCCAUCCGCUGUCCUGAUUUCUACUAGUUUUCUGUAGGAAACCUCAUCUCUUGCAUUCCCUUGGUUCUGUAGUCGCUACACCCCCACAGCAUCCCACCUUUCCUGCCCCUGCGAUACAGAGGUUUUCACCAAGCAUAUCUCUGGAACCCCAGGGAGCCUCCUCUAUGCAGGACGUGCCUUCCCCUCUCCCCUUUCUUUCCUGUCUGUCCCAGAUAGCAUAUGUGUUGUGCCAGCCAGUGCCUUAGGUCUGACUGCUCUGACUUCAUCUGUCUCCUUGGGGUUGGAGGUGAAUUUCUAGUUCUUGCUUGUUACACAUGUUUGAUGUUAGUCUGCAGACCCCUGAGGGAAGCCUCACCCUCCUUCCUGAGCCGGAAUGGAAGUCUCCCUCUUGGCCUCCUCAUUUCCAUACUUGGGUAGUACUUUGCAGCAAUCCCUCUCAGCUCUGGACUUCAGUCCCUGUCCCAUGAUGAACCCAAUGUAAUGCUUCCCUUACCAGGAAGUGGCCCCUUUCCAGGAAUUAUUGACUUGUAUGGAGCUGGAGGAGGACUCCCUGAAUACAGAGCAUGCCUGCUGGCCAACCAUGGCUUUGCUGUGCUGGCUCUGGCUUUCUACAGCUAUGAAGAUCUCCCCAAAGGGAUGAAGGAAUUCCACCUGGAAUAUUUUGAAGAAGCUGUAAACUAUAUGUUACACCACACCCAGGUUAAAGGUCCAGGAAUUGGUUUGCUUGGACACUCGAAGGGAGGUGACCUGUGCGUCUCCAUGGCCUCCUUCCUAAAGGGCAUCACAGCCACUGCCCUUAUCAAUGGCUCAGUGGCAAAUGUGGGUGCCGUGCUCCACUACAAGGACAUUACCAUUCCACCCCUUGGUAUCAAUCCAAAACGCAUCAAGGUCGGCAAGUCCGGCAUUGCUGAUAUUAUUGAUGUAUUGAACAGCCCGCUAGAAGGGCCUGACCAGCAAAGCUUUAUCCCUUUGGAGAAGGCUGAGUGUUGCUUCUUGUUCAUUGUUGGCCAGGAUGAUCACAACUGGAAAAGUGAAUUCUUUGCAGUUGAGGGGAGCAAGCGUUUGCAAGCUCAUGGGAAGGAAAAGCCUGAGAUAGUCUGUUAUCCUGGAGCAGGACACUACAUUGAACCUCCCUUUUUCCCAAUGUGUGCAGCCUCAAUGCACCUGCUAUUUGGCAAGCCUGUGAUGUGGGGAGGGGAGCCCAAGGCACACUGUGAGGCACAGAUAGAUGCUUGGCAGCAAAUCCAAGCUUUCUUUCAUAAACACCUCACAGGCAAGCCAUCUGGAACAUGCAGUAAGCUCUGAUAUGAAUUAGGUUACUUUACAUAUGAAGAUGCUGGUUUUGUUAAAUGUUUUCUUAAAUUGUUUUGUUAAAUGGCUCAGAAUGAGAACAAGGAACAUCAGAGAAUAUUAGGUUUCUUGGAGGAUGAUGGUUGGUGAAAGCAAGAAACCAGCCUCCUUGUUACACCUUCCUCUAAUCUUGGUUAGAGGCCUUGGCCUCCUGUUUUAAGUAGUACGGGGUUAUAAGCUGUGGAAAACAAACGGUGGUAAGGCUGUGUGCUUUGAGUGUGAAUUUAAGUGGUAGGUUCUCAUCCAAGCUCAGAACCAGGAUGAAAACAUGCCUUGGCCUUCUCAGAGAUGUAUACCCAGUUUUGUGUUCUAUUUUCAGUAUUCCAGUUUUUCUGGAGGCAGUAAUCUGCCUUCAGUAAUCUUUCUGUUCUCCCUGUGCACUUCUCCCUCCUUUGUUAUUCCUUGCCCUUCUCUCAAACCACUAAAAUGCAUCUGCCUUAAAAAUAUCUAAUAUUUCACUUAUCAAAAGGAGUACUACUGUGCCAGCACCCUCAGGUAAUGCUUCACAUUUAUAGGCAACAAACCAGCCCAUAGCUUGAUGUGAUGUUUUGAGAGCAUGCAGUAGAAAUGAGACGUUUAAACAGUCUGUGGAAGUUCGUAAGCAUGAAGUAACAACAGAACAGGUCCUGUUAGUUGUCAUCCUGGAGUCGCUCCCGGGCGUCUCGUCAGCACGGCUGGGUAUCGCUGUGGAGAUCCGCAGCACUGUCAGAGCUCCUUGCCUGUACAUUCCCCAAAUGCCGUCUCAGCUGCUCCUAAGGGCUGCUGAGAACAGCCCGGCGGCGGCUCCGUGAGGCGGCCUGGAAGGGGCCUGAGGCAGCCGGCCCGCAGUGGCGGAGUGGGGCUCCGGCUGCACGCCCGCUGCUCUCUGCGCAGCGGGGUCAGCGCUCAGCCCCGCCGCGAUGGGCAGUAACUUUGUGCACCCUAGCGUGGGGUUCAAGGAGAAGACGCUGUGAGUUGCCGGCGCAUUUGCACUGUGUCCCCGAGCACGUCGUACCCGCCAGUGCCUGCAGCCCGUAUGCGGCCUCUGCUGUUGCCUGUGCGUCACGCCCGUUUGUGCGUUUUGCAUCCACCGCACUUGUAAUGGCGUACAUUAAAGUGAAACUUUAACCGCU